GCGGAGCGUCUUCCAGACAGCCUCAGAAACAAGGAGCUCUCAGAGACAAGGUGCUCGGGACGGGGUGAGGCGCACCGGCCUGACAGGACGCUCAUUCACACAGCGAGACUCGAACCCACGCCGCCCAGCACUCCAGCAUCCUGUGCCCAGUAAUAGAAUAGUGCCGCCAAAAGCCAGAGAAAGCCAGGAAGCGUGACAGCUUCAGCACCAGCAGAGUGAAUGGAUACUUUCUGCAGCCUCAAUGGCCUAGACCCUCUCUGGGACUGGAAUCAGACGUGGUACACACACACCCCUGAGCUGAGUGACUGCUUCCAGCACACAGUGUUGGUGUGGGCUCCCUGCAUCUACCUGUGGAUCUGCUCACCGUUCUACUGCCUGCAUCUGUACUGCCACGGCCGUGGCCGACUGCCCCUCUCACUACUCUGCAGUGCCAAGCUGUUGCUGGGGUUCUUCUUGGCAUCCUUUGGUUUUGUGGAAUUCUUCUACAUCCUGUUGGAGCGGAACCAAGAGAUCCAUCGCCACCUCGUCUUCCUCCUGAGCCCGAUCGUGCGCAGCCUCACUGUGGUGUUGGCAGUGUGUAUCAUCCAGUGGGAGCGGGUGCGGGGCUGCCGCUCGUCCGUGGUGCUGUUCCUGUACUGGCUGCUGGGCGUGAUCUGCUCUCUAGUGCCCCUCAGGGCCAAAAUUCAGCUGGCCGUCGAACAGGGCUUCUCUCCAGAUAUCGUCCAUUACUUGGCUUUUUUCGCCUACUUUGCCCUCCAGCUGGCCCAGCUCUUCCUCAGCUGUUUUGCCGACCAGGCGCCUCCGGGCAAAGUGGCCCUCAAGAACGCAUGCCCUGUUCAGGACGCAUCAUUUCUCUCCAAACUCCUCUUCUGGUGGUUCAGAGGGUUGGUUGUUAAGGGUUACCGCACCCCUCUGCAAGCAGAAGAUCUGUGGAGUCUGAGAGAAGAGGACACAUCAGACAAGAUCAUCUCAGAUCUGGAGGAGGAAUGGAUGGCAGAACGCACCAAACUCCAACAACAGGAGACGUAUCUGAGCAGCAGUGUGGCACUGGGGUCCCGCCUGCCGGAUCAGGCUCAGCUGCUGAGGAAGCUACAGAAGGAGCAAAGCUCAGGAUUCUGCCUGUUACGAACACUGGCCCGAAACUUCGGGCCCUGCUUCCUGUCUGGGACAUUGUGUCUCAUAGUCCACGAUGCCUUCAUGUUCGCCAUUCCACAAGUCCUCAGUCUGCUGUUAGGCUUCAUGAGGGAGGAAGAUGCUCCACUGUGGAAGGGAUAUUUCUACGCCUCGCUGAUGUUCCUCCUCUCGUGUCUGCAGUCCCUCUUCAACCACCAGUACAUGUACAGCUGCUUUACUGUGGGCAUGAGGGUCAAGACCGCGGUUAUGGGACUCGUCUACAGGAAGUCUCUGGUGAUCAACAGCGCAGCACGCAGGACGUGUACAGUAGGAGAGAUUGUAAAUCUAGUCUCUGCUGAUACGCAGAAGCUUAUGGAUUUCGUGGUUUACUUUAAUGCUGUGUGGCUCGCCCCCAUCGAGAUUGCCCUCUGUCUCUUCUUCCUGUGGCAGCACCUGGGCCCAUCUGCUCUGGCUGGCAUCGCCACAGUAAUUCUCAUCUUCCCGUUGAAUGGGUUUAUUGCCAAGAAGAGGAGUAAACUACAGGAGAUUCAGAUGAAGUUCAUGGAUGGGCGAAUCAAGCUGAUGAAUGAAAUCCUGAAUGGCAUAAAGAUCCUGAAGUUCUAUGCCUGGGAAAAAGCUUAUCUGGAGAAGGUUUUAGGCUACAGGGAGAAAGAGCUCGGGGCCCUGAGGAAAUCCCAGAUCCUCUACUCCAUCUCUAUUGCUUCUUUCAACUCCUCGACUUUUCUGAUUGCCUUUGCCAUGUUCGGAGUCUACGUGCUCAUUGAUGACAAAAACGUGCUGGACGCUCAGAAGAUCUUCGUGUCAAUGGCGCUCAUCAACAUCCUGAAGACCCCUUUGAGUCAGCUUCCAUUUGCUAUGAGCACCACCAUGCAGGCUGUCGUCUCGCUGAAGCGCUUGGGGAAAUUUUUGUGUCAAGAAGAAAUAAAACCAGACAACGUGUCCAGAGAUCCUUAUAAACAGGAUGAAGACAGUGUGGUGGUUGAGAACGGGACGUUCAGUUGGUCUAAAGACGGCCCUCCAUGUCUAAAAAGGAUCAGUGUGAGAGUUCCUUGUGGUGGACUGGUAGCAGUGGUCGGCCAUGUUGGCAGUGGGAAGUCGUCACUGCUCUCUGCGAUGCUUGGAGAGACAGAGAGGAGAAGUGGCAAUGUUUCUAUUAAGGGUUCUGUGGCUUACGUGCCCCAGCAGGCCUGGAUCCAGAAUGCCACGCUACAAGACAACAUCCUGUUUGGCCGAGAGAAGAAAAAGACAUGGUACCAGCGAGUUCUGGAGGCCUGUGCCCUCCUGCCCGAUCUAGAGAUCCUGCCAGCAGGAGAUGCCACUGAGAUCGGCGAGAAGGGUUUAAACCUCUCUGGAGGGCAGAAGCAGAGGGUGAGCCUGGCUCGUGCAGUUUACAGAAAAGCUGAUAUCUAUCUGCUGGAUGACCCUCUGUCUGCUGUGGAUGCCCACGUGGGUCAGCACAUCUUUGAUAAGGUCAUUGGGCCCAAGGGUGUGCUUAGAGAUAAGACCCGAGUUCUGGUGACCCACGGGACGAGCUUCCUGCCUCAGGCUGAUCUAAUCCUGGUGCUGGUGGACGGCGAGAUCACUGAGAGCGGCUCCUACCAGGAACUGCUGAACCGCAACGGGGCCUUUGCUGAUUUCAUCCGCACAUUUGCCAGCUCUGAGAGGAAAGAGAGCUCUGUGCAGAGAGGUUCCAGAAGGUCCUGUGCAAGGCUCAGUGUAACAGAUUACAUGCUGUUUUCCAGGGAUCUCUCUCAGGAGCAGCUGAUUGGAGGCGACACCAACAGUGUGGCUAUGCAGAGUUUGGAGGCCGACAUCGAGCAGGAGCAGAUUCCUGAAGAUCUGGGGAAACUGACGGAGGUGGACAAAGCUAGAAUAGGCAGGGUGAAACUGGAGAUGUACAUUGAGUACUUCCGCACCAUCGGCUUGGCCUUGAUCGUACCCAUCCUCUUCCUGUAUGCCUUCCAGCAGGCUGCCUCUCUGGCAUACAAUUACUGGCUCAGCAUGUGGGCCGACGAGCCCGUCAUCAACGGGACCCAACUCAACACUGACAUGAAGCUGGGAGUCUACGGAGCUCUGGGUUUUGCACAAGGCAUGGCCAUUUUUGGCACUACAGUGGCAAUCUCUAUUGGGGGCAUCAUCGCCUCUCGCCAACUGCAUCUGGACCUCCUUAAGAACGUGCUGCACUCCCCCAUGUCCUUCUUUGAGUCCACCCCGAGUGGUAACCUCCUGAACCGCUUCGCCAAGGAGAUCGACGCCAUCGACUGCAUGAUUCCGGACGGACUGAAGAUGAUGCUUAGCUACUUCUUCAAGCUCAUGGAAGUGUGCAUCAUAGUGCUUCUGGCCACGCCCUUUGCUGCCGCCAUCAUCUUCCCCCUGGCACUACUCUACGCCUUUGUGCAGAGUUUUUACGUCGCCACAUCCUGCCAGCUGCGGCGCUUGGAGUCGGUGAGUCGCUCGCCCAUCUACACCCACUUUAAUGAGACGGUGCAGGGCGCCAGCGUCAUCCGGGCCUUCAGCGAGCAGUCACGCUUCAUCCUGCAGGCCAAUCGGAGGGUUGAUGUCAACCAGACCUCCUACUUCCCUCGCUUUGUAGCCACCAGAUGGCUGGCUGUCAAUCUGGAGUUCCUGGGUAAUGGUGUAGUUCUGGCUGCUGCCAUUCUGUCUGUGAUGGGAAAAGAAACUCUGAGCCCUGGAAUCGUGGGCUUAGCCGUUUCUCACUCUCUCCAGGUCACAGCCAUCCUCAGCUGGAUCGUGAGGUCUUGGACAGAUGUGGAGAACAACAUUGUGUCAGUGGAGAGGGUGAAAGAGUAUGAGGAAACACCUAAGGAGGCCGCUUGGACCUCAGAGGGCAACUCACUACCACCCACUUGGCCUCAAGUAGGCACCAUAGAGUUCGAGGACUAUGGCCUACAGUACAGGAAAGGCCUGGAGUUUGCUCUGAAAGGCAUCUCCCUUCAUAUCCAGCGAAGAGAGAAGAUCGGCAUUGUGGGAAGAACUGGUGCAGGGAAGUCCUCUUUGGCUCUGGGAAUCUUCCGGAUCUUGGAGGCUGCAAAAGGAAAAAUUUACAUUGAUGGCUUCGACAUUGCUCAGCUUGGACUCCAUGAUCUCAGGUCCCGCAUCACUAUCAUUCCACAGGACCCAGUGUUGUUCUCUGGUUCGUUGCGUAUGAAUCUGGACCCUUUCGAUGCUUAUUCUGAUGAGGAGGUGUGGGGGGCCCUAGAACUGUCUCAUCUGAGAAACUUUGUUUCUGGACUGCCUGAAAAGCUUAAUUAUGAGUGUUCAGAAGGAGGAGAAAACCUCAGUCUCGGUCAGAGGCAGCUGGUAUGUUUGGCGAGGGCUCUCCUUCGUAAGACGAAGAUCCUGGUUUUAGAUGAAGCGACAGCAGCGGUGGACCUGGAGACAGACACGCUGAUCCAGUCCACCAUCCGCAGCCAGUUUGAAGACUGCACAGUUCUCACCAUCGCCCACCGGCUCAACACCAUCAUGGACUACACCAAGGUUAUAGUGAUGGACAAGGGACACAUAGCGGAGAUGGACACCCCUGCUAACCUUAUUGCACAGAGAGGGCAGUUCUACCGCAUGUGCAGAGAAGCUGGCUUAGCGUAAGCCUCUACGCUACAACAUUAGUCUGCUGGCGCCCCCUUGUGGCGGACUCCAAGUAAUCAGUCACAUCAAGACACUCCUUGCAGGCCAGUGUAAAAAUACACAGAGACAAAUUUGGUGCUUCACUAUGGACAAGAUGGGUACUUGAAUUCCAUUACUCCUCUAAUGUUUUGCAAUGUUUUGAGCGUGUUUUUCACGUGUACAGACAAAUUCACUGUGCGCUUUUUGAAGUUAAGCUGAAACCCUAUUUACUCAGGUUGACUGUCUUUCUCAAGGGCAUCUCGACGGUAACUGUACGCAUCCCUUCCGAACUGGAAGGUAAAGAAAGGCCUUUUACAGUUUGGCCUUUUAUUCCAUCUCAGCUUUUGCUGCUGCUGUUCCCGCUACACACAGCCAGUAGCAGGUUGAGGUGAGGACAGUGCAGACUAUUCCAUUAGCAAGGUUCAGUGUUGGAUCUGACUUGAUAUGAUGGGAAAGUGUCUGGUGGAAACGAUUUGUAAAUAGUUGUAUAUAUAAAUAUAUGUAUAUGUAUUUCAAACAUAAGAAAUGGUGGCACCACUGUGUCCUCUACUUCUACCUAUGCCAAUCACCUUAAGAAUUCAUAUACAUCAAGAAUGUGAAUAAUGAGCACAUCAUUGAUUCUGAUGGUAUUUUUUUUUUGUAGGCAACAUUUAACAAAACAUUUUGAGGAACAUUUAAGGCUUGAGCCCUGUGCUGCAUUCCAUUUACCUGAGAUGUUGAAUGUUGGAAGUUGGAUGUCUGAUGUCUAGGUUGACUGCAUCCCAGUUGGGUAUUACACACCAGGAGCAUCACAAGAGAUUUAUGAAUUUAGGGAGGACAAUGAAUAAGCCUCAUAGGAUAAUUGGAGACACUGAAGACCACCCACUAACAAGAAAAGAUAUAAAAUUCCAGCAAAGAUACAAGAGCAUCAUAUCCAGUAUCUUCAUAUUUGUAUGUCCCAUUUUUAAAGGUUUUAAACACAAAUACAAAUUCAGUAUGUGGAUGACGAUGCCAGCCCUUAAUAUUUCUCAGUGGCUACAUGUUUAUUUGGGAGAGCUAAAUAAAAUGUAAAGAACAUUUAAACAUUUAGGCUCAACAAUGACCAUGCUACAUUAUUAAUCAUGUUAUACACUAUUUUGCCUAUCCAAACCCUAUAGAGACAUGUCCACAGAAUUUGGGCCAAGGAUGUAGGACAGUACUGUUAUAGAUAGUUCUAAUUAACUGUAGCUACAAUACUGCUGCUUUCACUACUGUUGCUACUGUUGAUUUGAGUGCAGCCAUCUUGGAUUCUAAACAGGGGUUACGACUCUAAAUUUUACAAUAUAUUGUGAAUAUGGAAGGUAAUGAAUUGUGAAUGUUUAAAUCAAAUUUUAAAACUUUCAAAGAAUAUAAACACUAUCUAAUUUAUAAAAGCUGAGGAAAAAGAUUUUUUUUUAUCCAACUAGAUAAUUGCACCACCGUCUGACACCAAUUUUUACAUUUGAACUAAGAACCAAGAUCAAGGAAAUUCCAACAUCCAAACUCAGAUGGAAUGCAGCACAAGAUUCUAUUAUUCAGACUGACAAAGGGAGAAUCAUUUUUUUGGGAAAAAAAGAUGAAUGUUUAAUAAUUAUAGUGCAACACAGUCUGGAAAGGCCCUCAGAAGCCGUUCUCUGUUGACUCUUCUACUCAGAAGCCAUUUACAUGUUUAAUAGGGGCAUCUAGGAGAAAACCAGUGGAGCAGUCCAACUGUUGCGUGUUUGUUUAUUUCAGGCAAAGUAAACACAUGAAAUGGUUGGUCAAUAAAGACGAAAUUGAAAAAAAAAAAAUGUCCAAAGGCUAACCAACAGAAUCUACAUCACAAGUGCCACAAAUCCAGACUCCACAACAGUAAUUAUAGAUCUAGAUAACUGCUGACAUGUUGAACACACUUGGUAAAUUGACACAACACUUGAUUACCUAGGCAAUUGGGGUUUUCCCUUCAUAUCAUUGUUUUGCACAAAUGUUUAGUUCUCUAUUCCAGUUACUGUAGAUCGUGUGCUCUUACUUUAUCCAGUCCUUCAGAGUGGAUGUUAAAAGAGAAGCUACUUAUAACUAUACACAAAAAGGCUGUAUUUUAUUUAUAC